AUGGCAAACCGCUUCGUUCGCUCCUCUAAAUACCGGCAUGUGUUUGGCCGCCCGACUCGAAAGGAACAAUGCUAUGACAAUGUGAAGGUUUCGAAGAACGCCUGGGACACCAACUUGAUCAAGGCCAAUCCCGAAUACCUCUCGGUCAACUGGGAUAGCAGCGGUGGCGGCGCGUUCGCAGUCAUUCCUCUCAGUGAACGGGGGCGAUUACCGGAGCGGAUACCACUCUUUCGAGGACAUACCGCGGUGGUCUUGGACACGGACUGGAACCCUUUCAACGAUUCACUGAUAGCAUCGGGCUCCGACGAUGGCAAGGUGUUUCUGUGGAGAGUCCCGGAAGAUUUCACGCUUCAUGUAGAUCUGCCAGUGGACGAGAUCCAGGACAUUGCUCCUGUCGGCAAGCUCAGCGGUCAUCCUAAAAAAGUCGGCCAUGUCCUGUUCAACCCUGCGGCCGAGAAUGUCCUUGCGUCAGCGGCUGGAGACUUCACAAUCAAACUAUGGGACAUCGAGGCCGGUGCUUCCAAACUCUCUUUAAAAGUGGGCGAAGUGAUACAGUCCAUGUCAUGGAGCGCCAACGGAUCUUUGAUGGUCACCACCUCUCGAGACAAGAAACUGAGAAUAUGGGAUACAAGGCAAGAGAGGCCGGCUCAUGAGGUGCCAGGCCAUGCCGGCGCAAAGAACAGCAGGGCAGUAUGGAUGGGUGAACACGACCGGAUAGCUACAACUGGGUUCUCCCGCAUGAGUGACCGUCAACUCGCCCUUUGGGACAUAAGAGCUCCCGAGCAACCCGUGGACGGGUUCCAGUUGCUGGAUUCGAUCUCGGGCGUAUGCAUGCCCUUCUGGGAUGACGGCACACAAUGCCUCUAUCUUGCCGGUAAGGGAGACGGGAACAUCCGCUAUUACGAAUACGAGCACGACAAGUUCGAGUAUUUGUCCGAGUACAAAUCGUCCGACCCUCAGCGCGGCGUCGCAUUUAUUCCGAAGCGGGGAGUGAACAUGCAUGAAAACGAAGUUAUGCGCGCCUACAAGACGGUGAACGACAGUUAUAUCGAACCAAUCUCCUUCAUUGUGCCCCGGAGAGCGGAGACCUUCCAGGAAGAUAUCUACCCACCUGCCGUUGGAUUGAAACCAGCCAUGAGCAGUGAAGAAUGGUUUGGAGGCGCCGAGGGGCUACCGCCAAAGAUCUCACUGGAGAGCAUAUAUGAUGGGACAGGCUUGAAAGAAGUGUCAGCAGACGAGGCUAAGCGUGUGCAGAAAGCUCCAGAGCCUGCGAAGGCGCCGGAGCCCAAGAAAGAAGUCGCGAAACCGGAACCGGAACCAGAGCCGACACCAACAAUCAUACAGACGCCACCUCCAUCGAUGAAGGAGCAAGGGGCUACCAUGAUGGCCGCGGCUACCAAAUUCCAAGACACUGAGCCAGUGGAGGAUGAUGAUGACGCUUCUAGUUUCGAGGAGGUCCAGCCCCCCUUUGAACGAAAAGCCGCGACCAAGCCGGCUGUUGCUGAGGCGGAAAAGGUCGCCCCAGCACCGGUGACGAGCAGUGUCUGGGAAGAUGUUGAAGCGCCCGAGCCACAGCCUGCCUCGCCUGUUAAGAAGACCGAGCCGCCAAGUACCACAAAUCAUGUUGACGAAAAAGAGCCGGCCAAGAGCAGUGACGCGGCUUCGGAUUCGGUGGAGAGCGAAAUCAAGACCAUGCGGGCGAUGAUAGCGCAGCAAUCGCAACAGUUGACCAGCUUGACGCAGACGCUGACGGAACUCGUAGCUGAGGUGAAAGCUCUCAAGUCAUAA